UCCUGAUUUUUUAGCUCAUUGGUUGCUCUUGCUUAAUGAUCGUACUUGGCAUGUCUGUCUACUCCUAUUACCACAUCUUUUCAUCUUUCCACGUAAGUGGCAGUGGAUUCGUCACGCCAUCGAUUCUGACAGUCAUUAUCGGCAUUAUGAUGAUCGUGGUGACGUCAUUCGGCUUUUAUGGAGCUUUGAGGAAGAGCACUUGCAUGGUCAAUAUGUACGCGUUACUGGUGACCGUUUUGCUGAUCAUCAAACUGGUGAUUGUCAUCCUAGCAUUCACGGCGAGUGUCGAAACCCUUAUGAACUAUAUUUACAUUCCCAUUUAUAUGUAUGGAAAUGACACGGAGCUCCGAGACGACAUUGAUGCUUUGCAAGUUGGGCUCAACUGCUGUGGCAGUAAGAACUUUACGGAUUACUAUGGUGUAAAAUUCCCAGACAACGAUACUUUCCACUAUGGCCAUGACUUGAUCGAGCUCCCAAUGACCUGCUGUUCGGUACCUGACGGCCCAACAUGUCUCAGGAUAAGGACCACUGGUUGUGCCGAAUCACUGGCUAGAGCUUUCGUACAAAAUUCUGCCGUAAUCGGUGUACUGGGAGUGUCUGUAAUGUUCAUUCUGUUCCUAAGCCUAAUCUUCUCACUGCUCCUAGCUCAUUGUAUCCGUAAGGUGAAAAGCGAAAGGGCACUCAUGGAAUGGAAGAUAAAGGAGCAGAUGAUUCUGGCGCGGCAGGAAGAAAGGAAAAAAGAAGCUGUGUACAUCGACCAACCUGACUCGAGUGUCGCUUAAAUUUUAUUAUCAACAUUUUAUUGAAGGACUUAAUAAAAUAAAAUAAAACAGGCAUUUAUUUCUUUACAACAGAAAGAAAUUACAAGAUUGGCGCAGUAGAAUAAAAUUAAACUAAAUAACUAAGUAAUAUGAACAAAAUAGGUUUUAAAGAUUCACUACUCGUGCCUGGAAAGUUGAAUUUUGACACUCGUUUUAGUCCUGGCUAUGUUGUGGAAUCUAAAAAGAAAUACCGAAUUGGAAAUGAAACUAUUUUUCCGGAUCAAUCGCGUAUAUUUGUUUUUUAAACACACCUUUUUGCUCUUUUGGGUUCGUUUGAAAAACAAAUAUACGUCGUAUAAAUUGGAAAAAUAGUUUCAUUUAAAAAAAAAAAAUUUCUUCAUCAGAAUUCAUGUCAAAUACAUACUUUGCGUAUAGGUCAUGGUAAAAAAGUUACUUGUCAGCCUUUACAUCUAUCUAUAAGCUACUUUAUGUAACCUUCCGC